AAAAGCGCUCACCUCACCAUUAUCUUCUUUUUCCCACACGCUUGACGCUUCCAUGGCCUCCGCAACUCUUUGCCUCUUUCCCACUCCCAACCCCACCCGCGGCCGUACACUCAAACCCAGACUCUCCCUCUCCUCUCUCCGCCCUUCCCUGCAAGCACACCCUUUCCCGCCAUUCCCACGCAAAAUUACUACAACACCACGAAAGACCAGGAACGCAAUCUCAUUCGCUUACGUGUCCGGACCCGCCUCGGACCCGAACGUGAGCGAGGCCAACCCGAUAUUCGACGGGUCGGAUUCACGGGCCGAGAAGAUUCGGCCGCCAAACGCGAUAAGCUGGGGGCUUCUGUGGAGUCUCUUGGCUGAGCACAAGCUGAGGCUCGCGGUCUCGGCUUUGACUCUCGUCGGUUGCACCACCUGUACUCUCUCAAUGCCCAUAUUUUCUGGUAGAUUCUUUGAAGUAAUAAUCGGCGCUAGACCAGGCCCGUUGUGGAAGCUGCUCAGCAAGGUCGGACUUUUGUAUGCACUGGAACCAAUUCUAACUGUUAUUUUUGUUGUAAAUUUGAACACUGUAUGGGAGAAAGUUAUGUCAACAUUAUCAGCCCAGAUUUUCAGAAGGGUGUUGAUUCAGAAGGUGGAGUUUUUUGAUCAAUACAAGGUUGGUGAACUUACUGGUUUGCUAACAUCUGAUUUGGGUUCUCUUAAAAGUGUUGUGAGUGAGAACAUCUCAAGGGAUCGUGGAUUCAGGGCAUUUUCUGAGGUCACUGGGACAAUAUGCAUACUAUUUGCUUUGUCCCCUCAACUUGCACCUAUUCUGGGCCUGCUGAUGCUUACCGUGUCUGUUUUAGUUGCUGUGUACAAGAGAUCAACUGUACCUGUUUUUAAAUCUCACGGGUUGGCCCAGGCAUCCAUAUCUGAUUGUGUGACAGAAACAGUUUCUGCUAUACGUACUGUCAGAUCCUUUGGAGGUGAAAAGCGUCAAAUGUCAAUGUUUGGUAGCCAGGUUCUUUCUUAUCAGGCUAGUGGCAUCAAGCUCGGGUCUUUCAAAUCUGUAAAUGAAUCUUUGACAAGAAUUGCUGUUUAUAUUUCUCUACUGUCCUUAUAUUGUCUUGGAGGAAGCAAAGUGAAAGCAGGUGAACUCUCUGUUGGAACUGUGGCUUCUUUCAUUGGAUAUACUUUCACACUAACAUUUGCGGUUCAAGGGCUGGUGAACACAUUUGGAGAUCUUCGUGGAACUUUUGCUGCUGUUGAGAGAAUUAACUCUGUUUUAGCUGAGGCUCAAAUUGAUGAAGCCCUUGCAUUUGGUUUAGAAAGGGAAAUGCAGCAAAAAGAAGUUCAUGAUGAAAAUUAUAAAUUGUUCUUCCUCAAUGGUCAUGAUGAGAAAAUUAUAUCUAGGAAUAUGCAUUAUAUGUCAGCCCUGAAAUCAGCUAGCAAUUUGUAUAGCUUAGCUAGGUCUGGCGAUGUUCAUCUUGAAGAUGUGCACUUCUCUUAUCCUUUGAGACCUGAUGUGGAAAUCCUAAUUGGUCUGAAUUUAACUCUAAAAUGUGGAACCAUAACAGCUCUAGUGGGCCCAAGUGGUGCGGGCAAAAGUACAAUAGUACAGCUUUUGGCCCGCUUCUAUGAGCCAACCAGAGGUCGUAUAACAGUAGCUGGGGAAGAUGUUCGAACAUUUGACAAGAGUGAAUGGGCACGGGUUGUCUCCAUCGUGAAUCAGGAACCUGUUCUUUUUUCGGUGUCUGUUGGAGAAAAUAUUGCAUAUGGGCUUCCAGAUGAUACUGUAUCCAAGGAUGACGUGAUAAAGGCAGCAAAGGCAGCAAAUGCCCAUGAAUUCAUAAUUUCACUGCCGCAGGGUUAUGACACACUUGUUGGUGAGCGUGGAGGCUUACUGAGCGGUGGCCAGAGGCAGAGAGUUGCUAUUGCUAGAGCUCUGCUUAAGAAUGCCCCAAUCCUGAUACUUGAUGAGGCUACCAGUGCCUUGGAUGCAGUCAGUGAGCGGUUGGUCCAGGAUGCUCUGAAGCAUCUGAUGAAGGGCAGGACAACGUUGGUGAUUGCUCACCGAUUAAGCACUGUUCAGAAUGCCCAUCAAAUUGCGGUUUGCUCCGAUGGGACGAUUGCGGAACUCGGAACCCACUUCGAAUUAUUGGCUAGGAAGGGUCAAUAUGCUUCAUUGGUCGGCAUUCAAAGGCUGGCAUUUGAGUGACACAGAAAUUGCUAGAAUAUUCAGUUCUAAAUGAAACCAAGUGGGUGCUGAAUUGAACAGUAGUUCUUCACCCACAUUUACUUCAAUUUCAAAUUCAUUACUAAAGAAGAUGAUGCCUGGAAGUUGCCAGCGGAUAAUUGUUAAGCUGGUGACUCCACAAGAACAGCAAAGCCUUUGUAAAGUUACUGAUAGAAUGUAACAUCAAAUCUAUUUAGUCGCAAGAUUUUAUUGUUGAAUAAUAAUUAAAUACAAAUAAACUCAAUUAAGCCUUAA